UGCUCUUUUCAUACUGUACCUAUUAGCACCGGAACCAGACAUAGCUCCGGCUUCUACAAUCCUCCCAUAAUGGCGUCAAUCACCCCUCUCAUAACCUUCAGAGCCGGCAAAUGCGAGUACGACGAGGGCACCCAGAAAUUCAAGGCGAUCCCGACUCCAGGUUUCGUAUACCUGUAUGCCAGUGAUGAUCUCAUCAACUUCUGCUGGCGGCCGACCUCCGCUCCGAUCGACCAACCCGAGCUCGAACUCAUGAUGAUCCCGAGUGACGGCACCUUCUGGCCGUACAUGGACCCCGUCAUCAAGAACCCCUACGAAAACCUGACCGCGGGAAACGUCAAGUCCCCGACCAACGGCCGCAUCUUCGUCCUCAAGUUCUCCUCGUCGUCACAACGCCACAUGUUCUGGAUGCAAUCCGGCGGCCUCCGGGACCAGCCCAGCGUCUUCACCAAGCAGGAUCUGUUCUUCGGGCACGUAGUGAACACGCUACUGGUAGAGGGGCCGGAUGUGGAUACCCAGGAGAUGUAUCGGGAAUACAAGUCCGGCGGGAAUCCGCCGCAUGGGGACGAGGAUGAGAAUAUGGAGGAUGCUGAACAGCCGGAACCGCAGCAUGACAGACGGAACAGCACCGGUGGAGCGGGGCCAGACGCGACGGGCGGGGAUGUCCGAGACGAGGGAGAAGAUGCCAGGGAGGGUGGAGCAGAUGGCGCUCGAGCUCGAGGUGCAACCACUGCCCAGUCCCAGGCCGCUCCGUCCGACGCCUCCCAAGCAGUCCAGAACUUCCUCAAAUCCCUGAACGGUGGCCAAGCCCCUCCCCAGCAACAAGGCGGGAAACUCUACACCACGCUGAACGACCUCCUUCCCCCAUCCACCACGAUCCCACUCAUCGAGACCGCGUCCCCCGACUUCAUCGACCGUUUAUCAUCCCACCUCCCCCGUACUAUCCUUCUUCUAGAGGUUGGCGGCGAAGAAAUGGCGGACAUCGACCCCGACUCGGACGUCGCGGACGCCAUUGUGGAAUCGAUCGACACGGAUCAGAAACGGGAGAUUUUGCGGCGCGUGUUGCGGUCGCCGCAGUUGGUGCAGAGUUUAGGGGUCCUGACGGCCGCACUGAGGGACGGCGGCUUACCGAUGAUCAGCGAUGCGCUGAAGUUGAAGGUGGAUAAUGGGGGUUAUGUCAGAGGGGGGACGAUGCCGAUGGGAGGCGGGGAUGCCGUGGAGGCGUUUGUGGAAGGGGUCAAGAAGACGGCGGAGGGGAAAGGGGACGAGGAUGUGGAGAUGAGCUAAGGGGAAGAUGGAUCACUUGGAGUCGCGGAUAUAUGAGCACUGGAGUGCGACUCAAAUUAGGAUCGAGGUACAUUCCUUCAUUCCACUCGAGGGAACCGAGAUGCACAUCUCAUUGCAUCAUAAACAUACACCGAUAGCCUGCAACGCCGGCAGAGACCCGAUGCGCCUCCGAAUGCUGACUCAUUCCGUUUGAUCUGCUCGAUCUGCGGAUUCCUGGUUUGUACAAAAGACGACUCAACGAAAUUAAUAGAACCAAAUCAAACGACGCGCUUGACC